GCCAUGCCCGAUAUUUCAAUUCCUCAAGCUAGGAGAAUAGUGGUGGAUACUACAGGAGCUCAGAUUGUUGAAGAGGCUUCCCCGGCGACUAGGGAUUCGAGAGGUAUAUAUCUACCUCAUUACAUUGAACCUGUAUCCCAUAUUGCCAUCGAUAUAGGUGGAUCUUUAGCCAAAGUCGUUUAUUUCACUCGAACUUCUCUCCCUCUUUCUCACUCUCCUACAUCUGGGCCUUCUUCCCCAUUCCUUCACCCUCAUCCUCCUCAACCUUUAACUUCUUCUACCGCUUCCUCGUCCACAGGUACGGCUACUUCCACUUCGACAAUCUCUCCACAUCAUGAAACAGAACAUACUACCAUUCCCACAUCUUCCUCCACCGACACUUGUCAACGUCCGAAAGUGAACGGAGCUCUCACUCCUCAAAACUUGACACCCAAAAGACGUUUCACUCAUUCUCGUCCACACGCAUCCUCCCGACGUUCUUCCCUCCCUCCACCUCUUCCCGGUGGUCUACUCAAUUUCGCUAGAUUCGAAACUGAACAUAUCGACGAUCUCAUUUCUUUCUUACAAGAUCUCAUAUCCUCUUCGGCCAAAGCCAAUCAUGUAUCCCUUGAAAAGAUGCGAUCCACAGUCAAAGUCAUGGCUACAGGUGGAGGAGCUCAUAUGUAUUAUUCACGUCUUACUUCAGAACUUGGAGUAGAAGUUAGAAGAGAAGAAGAAAUGGAAUGUUUGUUACUUGGUUUAGCAUUCGUCACUCGAGUUCCUGAAGAGGUAUUUUGGUUCUCUGAAGAAUUAGUAUAUAAAGUAUCACAUUCUGUGAAUUUAGGAAAGAAAAUACAAGAUGGUGAAUUACCUAGACCUUCACCUAGUCCACCUACAUAUCAAGUCACUUUCGCACCUACACCAAAGGAAGAUGAAGAAACGCCACAUUUUCCUUGUUUAAUCGUCAAUAUUGGUAGUGGAGUAAGUAUAGUGAAAGUUGAUGAAGAUGGUGGAUUUGAACGUGUUAGUGGGACAAGUUUGGGUGGAGGGACCCUAUGGGGUUUGUUGAGUUUGUUGACUGAUGCGAGGUCGUUUGAUGACAUGCUCGCACUGUCCGAACAAGGCGACAAUUCAGGUGUGGAUAUGCUUGUCGGUGAUAUUUACGGUUCGGACUAUUCGAAAAUCGGUCUUAAAUCAUCCACCAUCGCAUCGACUUUUGGAAAGGUGUUCAGAAAAGGAACAAGUAGAGAAGAGAGGAUGAAAAAAUUCAGUCAAGCGGAUAUAGCCAGAAGUUUGUUAUAUGCCAUUUCGAAUAAUAUUGGGCAUGUCGCAUAUAUGAACGCUGCGAAAUAUAACCUCGACCGAGUAUUCUUUGGAGGAUGUUUCAUCCGGGGUCACGCAGCUACCAUCUCCACUUUAUCUUAUGCUAUAAGAUUUUGGAGUAAAGGAACUAUGAGAGCUUGUUUUUUAAGACAUGAGGGGUUUUUGGGUUCAAUAGGAGCAUGGAUCAAAAAUGUUGAAAUCCCUCAAGAACCUACAGAAAAGGCCAACGGGCAUGGAAAGGAUCAACAUGAAUAGAAAACAAACAAUCAUGCAAUCAUCAGCAUCUUGUCUCUCAUGUGAGACGUUG